AUGGUACGAAAAACCUGGAAAACACUGAUUGAAAAAUGGCCAAAACUGCUCGCCGGACCACCUGAGAAACGGACAGAAUUCGUCAAUGCCAUUUUGGCUGACAGUGUCAAUGAAGAUGUGAUAUACAUCCGUACGAACUAUCAGCAACCUCCUGGACGAAUGAUCGAUUUCAGGUCAUUAAAGUCGAUCAAAUCUCUUGCAGUUAUGAGGAACGUAGCUAAAGUUGCUACUGCUAUUCAGCUACAUGGUAUCGCUGAGAGCGAGCCGUGCCGAUGUUGUAAGGGUGAAGAUACAGAAAAAAUAAAGAGGACAGAAGCUAGGACUGUGGAUCCCCCCUUCGUAGCAUGCAUCCGGCUGAAAGGCGAACAGCUGGGCCGCUGUGCAAAUUGUGUCUUUCUACGUGAAGAUUGUGACUAUGGAAAAAAAGAACAGCAACAGGCCUCGCUACACAUAUCUAGAGAAGUACGGACAAUAUCUCGUGGAGUCCAGAAUGCAGACAAAAGGUCACGUCCAAAGACAAGGAAGAUAGGGGAGAUUGAGAAUUCCGGAGAUCAGCCAAUGGAUAUAGACGAUGUGGAAUAUACUCAAGAUUCCUCCGUAAUUCAGUCACAUCCAAGGAAAAGGAAUAAAGGAGAGAUUGAAAAUCCCGAAGAUCAUCAGCCAAUGGAAAUAGACGACACAGAGUAUAUCCAGAGUUCCUCAAAAAUUCGGUCACAAAACUUCCCAGGCCGGUAUGUCGUCUUGAAGGAUUUAGUACUUCCUCGGCCACCUCUCGAGUUGCAGGAACGUGCUGAAGAAGUGGAGGGAGACCUCCAGGCAUUGAACAGCCGAGAUAUGAACGAUCUUGGUGAAUAUCCGAUUGUAGAUCUCAAUGCUUCAUUUGAGGUGUUCAAAAACGAAGAGCGCCAUAUCUGGAAAACAGCCCUUCAGAAAGAUGUAUCACCUGCCCUUCUUGUGAAGCCAUCUGGUUCGCUACAUUCUCCAAUAGCUCACCGUCUCAAUCAGUCGUCUUUGACAACGGUACACCCUGAAAAUGGUGUAACGGCCGAUUCGAGUAAUGCUUGUAUCGCGAUGAUUAUGGGCAACACCUAUGAGAACGAGACUCUACUUUUCGAUCAUGUACACAGACGUGGCGACUCAAAAUCUGAAGCCAUUGAGAAAUAUCAUUCUCAGAUAUUGAACACGCACGAAAAUUUUACAAAUGGUAUAUCAGAUUCAAUGAGGGCCAAAGUUGAAUUGGUCUAUGGUGUUAAGGCCCAACAACGUCUAAUAAAAACGAAAGAAUUUGUCGUCUUGCCCCUCUGGGGUGAUUUCAAAGAUGUUGUUAUUUUGCUUUCAAAAGAGAGCAAUCACGCGAACGCUGACCCUCGAUAUAGAUUUCGUCGCAUUAUGCUCUGCGCAAUCCAUCCACAUCAUAUAUUCUACUGUCAUCGCAAUCCUUCAAAGAUUGCCAAGCAGGACAAGCUCAUGGAGGCAGCGGCUCUUAUGUCGGGUAUGCUUCAUAUAUGGAAGCGAGAUUAUUACUUCAAGAAGCUGUGGUGGUGCACAGUGCAUCCUGGAGCUAAAACGAAAGAGAUGAAGGCUCAUUUGGAAGCUCUACUCGCCGGUCUACAGCCUCUCCAGCUCACCAUCUUAGAAAUAGAUGCCUCGGAAUCUAUAACUGAAGAUUCUAUUUUAGGUGGAGAAUGGCAUGAUUAUUUUGCUAAACUUCCACAUAGCAAUCAAGCCUUACGAAAUCUUAUUCCAUUUGCUCUGGAUGCUCUGGAGGCAUGCCAACCAGCGGACAGCUUUAGUUGGGAAACCCCAACUGAUCUGCCUGAGCCCGUAUUGAAUUGGUUUGUGGGACAAAAAGAAAUUCUCUUCUCCAAAUCUUCUAUUUCAAACUUUGUUGAUGUAGCUAAGUACCUUACGCCAAUAGUCUUAGCACAAGGUCAACCCAACAAUUUACAUGACCUUUUUCGCAGAAUAUUGGUCCAUCAGAGGGAUACUCUCAGUACUAUCAAAGGGAAGCAUCAAGAGAACUUUCAUAGCCGGUUUGAUGGACAGAAAGUCUCGGGGCUUGUCUGUGAGCAGUGUGGGACUCCUGCUGUUAAGGCUGAUGACAAACCUCGCUGGGCGGUAAACAUGCCAGGAUGCUAUAUCGUGCACGAACGACGAUGCAAAAACCCAGAAUGUCCCGGUAGCGGUAGUAAAGGCACUUUCGCAGUACCAACAACGAUUGCAAAAAAACGAAUAUACCAAGCACUCAGCGGCCCAGCUCUCCCGACCCCGUCAACUGGCAGUCCGUCUUGGCCUCGAGAUUUACAUGUGCACAGCGAAUGAGGAUGACAACAAGUAUCCCUCGGAAAUCCAGACAAUGUGUGCUAAGUGUCACACAAAGUCAUUGGAUAAAACUCCAAGAUGGACUAAAGGCAACCCCACUUUCUAUGUGAUCAGAGAGGCGAAUUGCGACGGCUGUAACCAAAGGGAAGCGACUUUGAGAGUAACACGUGCGAAAUCACCAUUCAUCCCAGUGAAUCCAGCCCUUGCAUAUGUAGAUCGGAAAGUUCUACAGUCAUUUCAUGACAGAUGGUCCGACUACAAUAAAGAAACCAGGUUAGCCUUAAUGGGUACGUUGGAACCAAGUUCAAUGCACGGCGGCAACAGAGCGAGAAAAUUCCAGAAGGACACUGCGCGAGAAAAUCUCAAUUACACCUCCGCCCUCGCUGCUAGUGAGAGCGAUUAGUGACGGAGACUUGGUUAAUGGACAGAGGCCUGAAAGGAGUUCGAGGGAAUCUUUUUCAGAAAGUCCGAAAAUAUGUGUGAAGGCUCUU